AUGCCAGGAAAAGAUAGGAGAAAGGGUGGAGGCGGGGACAUUAAGCUGACGUCGUCAUCCACCACUGCGACGUCUUCUCGGCCCAGACACAGGCAUAGUAAUUCGGUGGACGGUAGCGCUUACGGAGAGGUAAUGGAGGCCAAGAAAGCUAUGCCUCCUGAUAAGCUGGCCGAACUCUGGAACCUUGAUCCCAAGCGUGCUAAAAGAAUACUGGCAAAUCGGCAGUCAGCAGCUCGCUCAAAAGAGAGGAAGGCCCGCUAUAUUCUAGAACUAGAGCGUAAAGUUCAGACCCUUCAAACGGAAGCAACCACUCUUUCUGCUCAGCUAACAUUAUUUCAGGUUUGUCUUUGUAGAUUUUGAGUUUGGCAAUCAUUUAUGGACCUUAGUUCUAAAGAAACUAUCUCCACUUUAUUUACGCCACAGUGGUACUCUUUAUCACAUAAAAGAGCUGUUUUAUAUUGCCAAGUUAUGUUUUGAUUGUAGAGUUUUUUACUUCUGAUCUCAUUGAUUUUGCAUAAUGUCUACUCUUGCACAUUUUAUUGAAGUUAAUGAUCAUCUUGUGUAUGGAAUGCUGUGAUGUGUGUUUUUUUUAAUUAUCUUUACUGUCGAUAAUGGGCUU